AUGUUUUUUUUGGUCUCUUAUUUUUUUUUCGUUCACCACAUCAAUCCGAGGCUUUCUAUUUCAUUUAGCACCAACUAUUUUCUCUCUCUCUUUUCUUUUCUUUUCUCUAGUUCUCUAUUUAUUUGCGUCUCUCUUUCUCUUCUUCGUUCGCACUCUUUCUUUUUUCAUUACAUCUUUAUUAUUGUCACCUUAUUUCUCUUCGUCUCUUCUGUUCUCUCUUUCUCUUUCUCUUCGUCACACCGAUUCUCUUUCUUUUUCUUUUGUCUUUUCUAUUUUUUUCUUUUUUCCUUCCGUCUCUCUUAUUAUCUCUCUUUCUCUUCGUCUCUAAUAUUUUUUCUCUUUCUCUCAGGCUUUACUUGCCUCUAUUUCUCUUUUUGGGCCUUUUUCUUUCUUUGUCUCUUUUAUAUCGCACAACACCAAUACAUUCUAUCUAUCUAUCUAUCUAUCUAUCUAUCUAUCUAUCUAUCUAUCUAUCUAUCUAUCUAUCUAUCUAGUGCUGUUCCUAUCUAUCUAUCUAUCUAUCUAUCUAUCUAUCUAUCUAUCUAUCUAUCUAUCUAUCUAUCUAUCUAUCUAUCUAUCUAUCUAUCUAUCUGUCUAGUUCUGUUCCUAUCUAUCUAUCUAUCUAUAUAUAUAUAUCUAUCUAGUUCUUUCUGUUUCUAUCUAUCUAUCUAUCUAUCUAUCUAUCUAUCUAUCUAUGCUGUUCCUAUUAUCUAUCUAUCUAUCUAUCUAUCUAUCCAUUCUUAUCUAUCUAUCUAUCUAUCUAUCUAUCUAUCUAUCUAUCUAGUUCUGUUCCUAUCUAUCUAUCUAUCUAUCUAUCUAUCUAUCUAUCUAUCUAUCUAUCUAGUGUUGUUCCUAUCUAUCUAUCUAUCUAUCUAUCUAUCUAUCUAUCUAUCUAGUUCUGUUAUCUAUCUAUCUAUCUAUCUAUCUAUCUAUCUAUCUAUCUACAUUCCACCCCUCUUUACAUAUAUACAUACGCUUUCUGUUCCAAUCUAUCUAUCUAUCUAUCUAACUAUGUAUCUAUCUAUCUAUCUAUCUUCUCUUCUAUUCCUAUUGUCUACGAAAUUUGGGGGCAUAUCUAUUCGGAGUUCAAUUUUGUCUAUCUAUCUAUCUAUCUAUCUAUCUAUCUAUCUAUCUAUCUAUCAGUCUGUUCUAAUCUAUCUAAUUUUCUUCACCUCACGCUAUAUGUUAUUUAUCUAUAGAUAUUUAUCUAUAGAUAUUUAUCUUAGUCGAUUCAUACUUAUAUCCACUCGCAUACACUCCUAUCUUUCAGACAGGAACAUUUUUCUCGACUCGCCUUCCCAACAGAUCCGCAUAAAUGGCUUUCUUUCUUUCUUUCUUUCUUUCUUUCUUUCUUUCUUAACUAUUUUCCUUCUUUCUUUUCUUUCCUUAAUUUGGUCAAUGUUCCUUCUCUCUUUUCUGACCUACUCUCUUUCUUUCUUUCUUUCUUUCUUUCUUUCUUUCUUUCUUUCUUUCUUUUCUUUCUUUCUUUCUUUCUUAUCCUUUCUUUCUUGUUUUUUCUUCUUAUUAUCUUUCUUACUUUAUAAUUAUUCUUUCUUUCUUUCCUUUUACAUUUACAUUCUUUCUUUCUUUCUUUCUUUUUUUGUUUUCAUCUGUCAUUACCGUCUUUUAAUGUCAUUUUUAUUCUAG